CCACCCCCUGUCGUAGGUGCCCCACCCCACUGCCCCGACCACCCGCGACCACACACGCGUCGCCGCCCCGACCACAUGCCCGCCGUCGGCCUGGCUCCAUGCGCGUCGCUGACUCCGACCACAUGCGCGGCGCCGCCCCAACCACCUGCACGACGCCGCCUGUCUCCCUGUGCGCCGUCGGUGUUGACCACCUGAGCGCUGGUGCCACGCCAAGAUCCAAGCUGGAGGUACACUACCUGUCACCGUCUGAUCUCCCAUGCUCCUCCCCCCGAGUUCUUCUCUUCAUGUGUCGCCAGAAGCCAGCCAUGCUGCAGCGCACGGUGCUUCGUGGCAUCCCAGGUUCCUCUCCGAAAACAGUCAGUUCUCGUGGCAGGUCGAACAAAGAUGCCCGUGGAGUUGUUUCUGCUAGUCGCCAUCCCCUUGUUAUGUCCACUAGGACUUUGAAUGUCGAGGCCGCAAGAGAGGAGCUCGAGCUACCGGAAGAAAGCGGCGGCGGGGGCGUCGUCUCACCACCACAACCACGGCAGCAAGGCGCACUACGUCCAUGGCGGGAGACCGGCACCAAGGUGGCCUUCCAGGGUCAUGGACGGGUUUGUUGGUGGGCCUGUUCGCCUUCCCGUCGCGACCGCCCAAGGUCACCUUCUCCGCCAACUCCAAGGGCGAUGGCCAGGACGUCAUGGCUGUGGCGCCCAAGAGGCCAUCGUGCGGCAGCUCCAACUUGUAGUCGGUGAACAACACGCACUACGACAAGGCCAUCUCCGACUGCGUCGAGUUCUUCCACCAGUCCACCAGGGUGGAUGUCAGGUCACGACCGUCAUCGUCGUCCCACUUUUGAAUUCCCAUCGUCGUCAACUUUGUGCUAGCUUCAAGCAUAUCCCACUGUGUGGGCAUGUGUAUGUGUGUCUGUCAUGUUACUGUGUUUUUUCUUUUGACAUCUGUCAUGUUAGUAUGUUACUGUGUUAGUAAAAUGGACAGCGAGCCAACUGCUGCAGGUCAAUGGUAACAAGUAUCAAAGCAUUUUGGA